AAGUAAAUGAAACAAAAAUUAAUAGAAACACCUGAAGUAUAAAAUGCCAUAGUUAAAGUCAUUCUGCUUCCUUUGGCGGCCCUAAGCGCUCUCUGUCACUCCAGCUUCCCGCUUUUUGUAAAACCCUAAUUUCACUUGUGUUGGCUGGGUGUAUGUACUUUUACACAGUACUCUUACCUAUAUCUUGGCUCUCUCGAACAUCUCUUUCCCUCCCUCUAUAUAAAAAGUAAACAAAUCUUACGGAGGAGGACGCAAGAAUGGAGAGUUCAAAACAGAAUAAACAGCAACAGUUCGUUUUGGCAUCGAUAACCGAGCUAUCUUCUAGUUCUUCUUCUUCUUUAGCUGCUUCAUCUUUGCCAGUGGUCGCUAGGUUUAGCGCUGAUAAUGGAGUAGUGGAGCUUCGAUUUCUUCACGACUCUAACGCUACUGAUUUUAUUAAUGUCGAUCUUAGUACUGCUCAGUUAUUCAAGCUAGGACCCGAUCAAUCAGUUUGCAUAGCUGAAGGUCUAGAAUCUGAUAGCAACAAAGAGAAAUAUUCAAGAGGAAUCACUAUCCAAUUUAGAAAUGAGGAGGAGAGCAGGACCUUCCAUUGUGCAUUUGAGCAAUGGAAGAACGAAGUCAUUGUUCAAGGAACAACUUUACCGAAUGGAGCACUCACAGCUCCUAAAAGCAAGUUUGAUUACAAAAUAGAGCCGUCAUCAGCCAAAAUGUAUUUCCAUUAUUAUGGACAAUUACUACAUCAGCAAAAUAUGCUACAGGAUUAUGUGAGGACAGGAACCUAUUAUGCUGCUGUCAUUGAGAACCGUGCAGAUUUUUUUGGUCGUGUUGUUGUUGAUGUUGGUGCUGGUAGUGGCAUUUUGUCUUUAUUUGCUGCUCAGGCUGGUGCAAAGCAUGUUUAUGCUGUGGAAGCAUCUGAAAUGGCAGAAUACGCCCGCAAACUAAUUGCUGGGAACCCAUCGCUGGGAGAAAGGAUUACAGUAAUAAAGGGUAAAGUUGAGGAAGUUGAAUUGCCAGAGAAAGCAGAUAUUAUGAUCUCUGAACCGAUGGGCACCCUAUUAGUCAAUGAAAGAAUGUUAGAGUCCUAUGUGAUAGCAAGAGACCGAUUUCUUCAUCCCAAUGGAAAAAUGUUCCCUACGGUUGGAAGAAUUCAUAUGGCGCCUUUCAGUGAUGAAUAUUUGUUUGUUGAAAUUGCUAAUAAGGCGCUCUUUUGGCAGCAACAGAACUAUUAUGGAGUUGAUCUACAACCUCUAUAUGGAUCUGCAUUCCAGGGAUACUUUUCUCAGCCUGUAGUAGAUGCUUUCGAUCCAAGGUUAUUGGUGGCUCCCGCAACAUUUCACGUCAUAGAUUUUACUGAAAUAAAGGAAGAGGAUUUAUAUGAAAUUGAUAUUCCAUUAAAAUUCAUUGCUUCUGUGGGCACCAGGGUGCAUGGGCUGGCUUGUUGGUUUGAUGUGUUGUUUAACGGAAGUACUGUACAAAGGUGGCUUACAACUGCCCCUGGUGCUCCUACAACCCAUUGGUAUCAAUUACGCUGUGUUCUGCCUCAGCCACUCUAUGUCAUGGCAGGACAAGAAAUUACAGGCCGGCUCCACAUGGUUGCUCACAAUGCUCAGAGUUAUACCAUAAAUUUGACACUGUCAGCUAAAAUGUGGGGACCUGGUGCUGAACAAGGAGGAAUACUUCAGACAUCAUCAUGCAAAUUUGAUUUAAAAGAACCAUAUUAUAGAAUGUCUCAACCACAGGUCUACGGAAUGGCCCAAGAUCAGCAGCCACACCAAAUGAUAAAUGCUCAGCAAUUUCAGGAUAUACACAUUCAAUCAGAUGAUUUGGAGGAACCCGAGUUGAUACAGCCACCAUCGCAAAAUUUGCAUGCCCCAAUAAGUUUGUGAUGGAAUUUUGAAUAUGUUUGAAAAUAUAAACUUUGCUUUUCCCCCGGAAGGGGUCUGCAAUCUACAUCGGAGAAUUUAAAUAUGCAUCAGGAGAACUUAACGCACUCCUCUUUGAGCUGGUUCAGUUCCCUUUGUAAAGUAGAUCAAGAAGAUUUUUAACUACAACUAUUUUUUUGUAUGAUUGGUUGCAUAGUUGAUCCUGUGUGCUAUUUCAUUAUAUGCUUUAACGAGUUCAAAUAAUCAAAUCCAUUAUGGUCCACAAGUCUUUUCA